CAGCCAAUCCAGACUGCAACAAGGGAGCCGAGGAAACGCGUCGCUAUGAAAGGGCGAUCGUGCGGCUACUCUAGCUAGAGUAUAUAUAACCAUAAUAUACGAGAACAACAUCUUGUCGUUCCGUUGACUGUGGUGGUCAUUUCUGCCUCGUUCGUCGGGCCUUGCUGGUUGAUUUCGCAUACAUCGUGUUCGCGUAGUAAGGAGCCUGGCAGUAAUAUGGCUACCGUCGUAGAGAAGACGGCUGAUGGAAUCAUCUAUCGCUCCGAGAAAAGCUACCCGAUACCUGACCUCGACGUACUAACUCUCCUAUUCGACUCCGAACACAGCCUAGCCAAACCAGACACCCCCCUCCACGUCUCAGCCGCAGACCCAAGUCUAAUCCUAACCACAUCGCGCGCCCGCCAUCUAACCCAAGCAACAUCAGCCGCCCUCCGCAAGCAUUUUGGUAUCGGCGCGCACGGCCCAGGAAAAGAUGUGUGCUCCGUUAUCUCGACCGGCCAUUACCUCCUCCCUGUUCUCGCAUAUGGAAUCAUUGGCGCAGGCGGUAUCUUCUCCGCUGCGUCCGCGGCAAGCACUGCCAGCGAACUAGCCAAGCAAAUACAAGGCGCCAGCUCGAAGAUUCUUGUCACUUGUCAAGAUACCCUGGAGACUACGAUUAAAGCUGCAGAGGAUGCUGGGUGGGGUCAAGGUGGAGGUGGGCGCGUACUGCUUAUGAGUGAGGGGAGGGAAUGGUCAUUGAAGAUUGUUGGCAAAGACGGGAGGCCGGAGAAUAAUCUUAUUGAUGAAGGAGAUUUACUGCCGUGGACGAGGAUUACAGACAGGAAAGAGCUCGAAGAGAGUCUGAUAGUGCUGAUUUAUAGCUCCGGUACGACUGGAUUACCAAAGGGAGUAAAGCUCUCGCAUCGCAAUAUGGUGAGCCAGACUGUUAGUACGGGGGAUAUGAUGAAAGCGUGGGUGAAAGAGAAACGUCCGGACUUUGAAUACCGGACAAUCGCUCACCUCCCCACCGCGCACAUCGCCGGUGUACAAGGCUAUCUCAUAAACCCCUUCUACAUCGGCGGAACCGUAUACUGGAUACCACGUUUCGAUUUCCCGCAAUUCCUCUCCUACAACGCACUUUACCGUAUAACCUUCUUCUUCACCGUUCCCCCCAUCCUGCUCCUAAUCGCAAAAUCCCCGUUAGCAACCACACAAUUCGCUACCCUCGAGUUCUGUAUCUCUGGUGCCGCGCCCCUAGGGAAAGACCUCCAGUAUGCGGCAAGCCAGAAACUGGGUGGUGAGGAGUGUUUUAUAGAUCAGACGUGGGGGUUGAGUGAGACGACAGGGAGUGCGACGAUUAUGCAACCGGGGAGGCAUGAUGAUACGGGGAGUGUGGCUAUGUUGCUGCCUAAUAUGCGGGCUAGGCUUGUUGAUGAUGAUGGGGAAGAUGUGGAAACGGGGAUGCCGGGCGAAGUGCUGGUGAAAGGGCCGGUGGUGUGUAAGGGGUAUUACCACAAUAAAGAGGCGGAUAGAGAGGCUUUCACCCAAGAUGGCUGGUUUCAUACGGGCGAUAUCGCGGAGUUCAGGAAUGGGAUGUUCUACAUAGUAGAUAGGAAGAAGGAGUUGAUUAAGUACAAGGGCCUACAGGUUGCGCCUGCGGAGUUGGAAGCGGUGCUGCUCAGUCAUCCGCUCGUGCUGGAUGCUGCGGUUAUUGGGGUGCUGACGGAUGAUGGGACGAAUGAGGUGCCGAGAGCAUACGUUGUCGCUGAUAAGAGCAAGAUUCGGUCGGAAGACAUUGUUGGAUUCGUCAAGGGGAAAGUUGCUGGGCACAAACAGUUGCGUGGUGGAGUUGUGUUCAUAGACGUGAUUCCUAAGAGCCCGGCUGGCAAGAUCCUUAGAAAGGAUCUGAGGGUUCUGGCGGAAAGAGAGAGGGGUGCGAAGCUAUAAGCUGAUUGAUGUAACGAGACGAUAUUUGAAGCGUAUUUAGCUUUUACAUGAACAAAACUCACGAAAUCGAGCUAUAGGGUACCUGUGUAGCUUUGGAGGAUACGACGUACUUUUGACGUACUUGGGUAGCUUUGCAGAGCAGCGAAUACCUCCCGGGGCCAUCGCUGACUGCUGAAAAUGCACAGAUGUCCCAUUCGAUCACCAAAUUUCACUAAGCUUUGGAAUUGACUUGUUUUUGACGCCCGCCUUAUCACUGCCGUGCUAUGUGCCCCGCGGGCAAAGACACGUUCCAAG